UUUUUUACUUACCAUAUUCUACGAAUAGGAUAUCAUUUCCGCGUAAUAGGGUAUAACUCGCUAAAAAUUAAUAAGCGUCUCUUGACACCGAUCACAUGACCGGUGUUAUAGUAAACAGACGCUUGAUCCUCAGUUAAAAAUUUUGCGAGCUAGGGUUAACAUCGCUGAUAAAUCCGUUUACAUCGGAAUUAUUUUGUAUUGAUAUGACUGAAGCGGCAUUGAUUAUGAGGAAGGAGGGUUUAGUUGACAAUCCUACUACGGAGGAUGAUCGUUCUUCCUCGAAAUCUACCAAAAAUUCGUCGUCUAAGGGACGGACUAUAAAGCAAGAUGUCGCAGAUUUUUCACUUCGACUUUCUCAACAAGAGGAGAAAUUCGCGAGCAUGGAGUCGAAAAUGGAUAAUGUGCUAGCUAUUCUUUCAACAAGGAACUUUAAUUCUGACCAAAACGAUUCGUUCGGCGAUCGUAGGUCUUCCACUGGUGUUAAUUCUCGGCAGACUUCGGGUCUUGGCCAUUUGAGAAUUGAAACUGAAACUCAUCCUUCACCACAACAGGGUGAAGAUGAUGAACUUUCUUACAGUCCUACGCGGGAGAAUUAUCGGGAAAACUGUGACACUUUGUCUAUUUGUGUUGGCAAAGAUGAAAGUAGAAGUUUUCUUGACACUUCAGUUUGUUCUGAAACUACGAAUGUGAACGAUGACAGUGAUCGUUUUUUAAAAUAUCUUUCAGUGAAAAAAGAUAACAUGACUAGUUCCUUAGGGGAAAAUCAAGAGUCUCAAUCUAUUAUGAAGGACAGUGAGUCUUUGAAUGUGAACAAUUUAGGCGACAAAUUUGGUGCCGAUGCUGUGACUUCUCACACUAAUAAGUCUUCAGUUGGACUUGUACUGGAAAAAAAUCAGAUUGAUACUUUGAAUGAAUCUUGGCGGUCGGCGCAUCCAAGUAAUCUAUCUUCUUACCGUGAUGUCUACAGGAAAAGUUUUCCUAUUGCUGCAGACUUUGAAAAUUAUUUGAAAGUUCCACAGAUUGACAUGACAGUAGAAGAACUACUUCAGACUAGACACAAUGAUGAGAACUUUGCUUUUGGCAAGCACCCAUCUUUAUAUUCAAAACAAAUGAAAGGUUUUGAGAAGUAUGCCUACAGUGGUCAGUUAGCCUCGCGUAUGGGAAUUAUUACUGUUUGCUACAUCCAACAAGCCUUGGGGACUUUGUUGGACACGUUACAACAGAAAGAUGUAAAUAUUGAUGCUGCAAUACAAACUGUUAGGGACACAUUUGCUAUUUCAGCUAAGUCUUUGGAUCAGAUCGCCAGAGCUGGGGCGUUUCAUCAUCUGAUUCGCAGAAAUGCAACUUUGAUAGAUACUGGCUUAUAUGGUUACAAAGGCUACUCACAUGCAGUUAUGUCACUUCCUUUAAGAGCCGAUGGCGUUUUCGGCACAGAUUUUGACAAAAAGAUUGAAGAAAAGAGUAAAUUGAGGAAGAAUUUGAAUGAUUUCCUUCCUGAAGGUUUGAAACGUUCUGCAUCAGGCGGACAUAAACGCAGAGCUACCACAAAUAUCACAAUGACAUCAGAUCCUAAGAAACCUAGAACAGGGUUUGUAGAUUACCGUGGUAGAAACAACACACAGUCGUUCCUGCCGUACAACUCCAGUGGUGGCUUCAACAAACCGAAGAGUGGUUUCAGGUCAGCUACAAAAUCUAAGGCGCAAUCACGACGUUCCGACGAUGCGCCGACAUUCAAGCGUUAAGAUUAGGCGAAGGUUGGGUGAACGUCCAGAACAAAGGGGUCACAUUCUUGCGGCCAGGGUUAUCCAAGCAGGACCGACCAGGACAUUUUGGCAGUAAGAUUUUUGUACCUGCAUUUAAGGACAAGAAAUCAUUGGACCCCAAACGUACUUUGUAUUUGUAUUUAAAGGCAACUGAGAAAUACAGGACUGUUGAAGGUAAAGAUGUUACAAAGUUAUUUCUGAGCUAUGUGAAGCCACACAAACCUGUAUCUACUAAAACUAUAGCACGCUGGAUAACUGAUAUAGUUAAAAUGGCUUACUCGGACAAAAACUUCAGAGUAAAAGGACACUCAACAAGGGCAAUUGGACCUUCUUGGGCGCUAUUCAAUGGAGCCUCCAUGUCUGCUAUCUUAGAUGCAGCUGAUUGGGCCAAGGAAAAUACUUUCACAAAAUUCUAUUUACGCAACGUUGAUCUCUGUGUUCUGGACCAAAAAACUGUGUAAAUAGUAUCGGUAAAACAAAGACAGAAAAUAAUUUUGCGAGUUGCAAUUUGGAAACUAUUGAUUUUUGAUAAAUUAUUAAAUACAAGAAAGAUAUUCUUGGGGUAUAUAUAUAUAGCAUGUGUAGUGUGUCACAGGGUGAUAUACAUGUGAUUCCUUAAGUGUUAAUUAAACACAGUUGUAUAUAAUAUUGGAGGAUAUUUAAUGGACAGUUAGUUCAGAAAGAACAGGAGUCCAGAGCUAUAAAUAUGUGGGUUGUAUUGUGGUUUGACUUUAAAUGAAUGGAUAAGAUUGGAAAUCUAUUAGAGAUGUUUCUCAAUACACACAGCAAAGAUUACCCGCCAUCCAAAGAAGAAGCUUUGGAAUCUAUCCUAUUCGUAGAAUAUGGUAAGUAAAAAACGAAUGUGAUGAAAUUGAAAAAUUUGAACUUUUCAAGUUGAAAUUUUAUAAAUGAGUUUUUUACUUACCAUACAUAUAACCCACCCAUCCUCCCCUCAGUAUCUUUGCAUUUUAGCAAAAUUUUAACUGAGGAUCAAGCGUCUGUUUACUAUAACACCGGUCAUGUGAUCGGUGUCAAGAGACGCUUAUUAAUUUUUAGCGAGUUAUACCCUAUUACGCGGAAAUGAUAUCCUAUUCGUAGAAUAUGGUAAGUAAAAAACUCAUUUAUAAAAUUUCAACUUGAAAAGUU